AUUGGUGCUGUCAAAAACAUAGGGUUAGGAUAAAAUUUGUAUUUCGGGGAUUUUUAGACGAGUUUUCUCGAGUGGGCUGCAGUGACAUGCAUUGAAUUAUUUACCAUUUAAAAGGUGUAUCGUUGAUAAUUGAUUUCACUUAUAUUGUAAGUUUUAACCUUGUGUUUAAGAGAGUAAGCAUAUGCAAUGUAUUGCGUUUAAUUUGUUACUAUACCUUUAAAAUGGCUUCAAAUAUCGUUUUGAUUAAUAUUGUAUACGAGAACAAGGAAGUUUUCUUCGAGUUAAAUUCAAAUGAUACCAUUGAAGUCCUAAAAUGUGAGAUAUUCAGGAAAAUCAAUUUACUACCCUCAAAACAACUAAUUGAGGGAUGGGAAUCUGAACCAACAGAUCCAAGCUGUUUAAUUAAGGAUUGUGUUAAUUGUACCGACAUGGUUUAUCUGUUUCUUACAAGCACAGAUUCUGCUCGAAGCACCACCAACCAACCAAAUAAUGCUGAGGAAAAUAAGCAAAUGGAAACAGAUAAUUUAGUUUCCAAUGGGGAAGUCCACUUAAUUGACUCUGCCCAUGAGUCAACGGCUUGCUCGAUUUUUAUUUCCAAACUAUUAAAUAAUUACCCAUCGGCAAAUGUAAACUUUAGAAAUUGUUGCUUAAAAGAUUUUGUAUCCCAGGCCCUUAAUUCCCCACUAGAUCAGAGGAAGCCAUUAAUUUUGUACUUCCACAAUGAGAACCACCGAUUUACAAAGUUCUUUUCGCCGCUUUUACAAAAAAAAGACAUAUCAAACAUCCUAAGCAACUACUAUAUAUUGGGCUGGGACAUUGAGGAUGAAAAUUUACACGGUGGCUUAUUGGCUGCCUUGGAGGAAAUAGUAGAAUUGUCCGUUGUUUCAAACAUGAUAGAAAAUAAGAUAUCUGCUGCCUUAAUAUUAGUGCCUAUUCAAAAAAAUAUCACCAUUUUUUCCUGCCUACGCGAGAAAUCGUCGGAAAGAAAUUUGUUGAAUACGUUUAAAGACGCCCUAAAAAGCUUUCAAAACGAGAUAGAAAUGGAAAAGGAGUUGCAUAAGUUGGAUAAUAAAACUUCUGAAAACGAUAUUGGAUCAGUGGAAUACCAUCUUAUGAUGGCUGAAAUGCUUGGUGAUAGAGAUUAUGACAGUUUUGAGCACAAUCAACAUGAAUACUUAAAGUCAAAAAUCGGUUAUGCCUUUUUUGGGCCACCAAGUACAGAGGAGGAGGAAAAUAUUGUUUACGACAAAGAUAAAAAAAAGAAAAUCGAAGAUUUUUAUAAAAAAAUUGUAGAGACCAACAAUAAAGUUGCCCAAUGGAAGGAUAGGGUAGUUAUAGCGUUUAUGUACAAUUGCACAGAGGUUUUGCCCGGCGAAAAAUUAAAAAGACAAAAAAAAUAUCCCGAUUACAAUCCUAAAACAGAUUUGAAUCCUGUCCCGAUUUUUGUGCUAAGAAAAUGCGAGGGAAGUAGUCAUCCAUGCAGAAUAUUUAUUGAUAACAAUGGGCGGGUGUACGACAACUGGACGAACUACCUCACGAAAAAUAAACUGCACAAGUGCGAGAUGAUCGUGCCGAAAGACGGCCGUUACGAGGUCACGGAAGACGGGCAGGUGCUGCUGGAGCGCCAUCUGUCGCCGGCGUGCGGCGUCGACGUCAAAAUCCUGCAGGUGGCCGAUUACGUGAGCCUGGCCGGCGGGCUGGCCUCUGGCGGUAUAUUCGUCGCGGCGGCCAUCCCCGCCCUCACCGUCGCGCCGGCGGCGCUCGCGGUGGGCGGCGUCGUCGGCCUGACCGUCGGCGCCUACUCCAUCGGCCGAAGCAUUUACACCGUCUUCGAUAGGACCAUCCACAAAGAGAGCAUGAGUUUUGCGAAUUCCGAAGCUAGAGGUGCAUAUUUGAACAUUGUUGCCGGUUCCUUGGGAUUUGUUGGCGCUGGCGCUACAAUGGCCGUUUCGCAACUAACCUCAAAAGGAGUAAAUAUCGGACUGGGUGCCAGGGCCGCAGUAAACACACUGAGCGCGGCAAACGUGGCCGCUGGCGGCGUAUCUCUGGCCAACAGCACUUACGAUGUUUUCGAUCAGUGGUUCAACGAUAACCAGACGCCCUCCCUUCUAACCAUGGUGCAAUUAAGUUCGUCGGUGCUAUUUUUCGGAAACGCUGUGUACAACUUUAGAACCGCCGGUACCAUUAUUGAGGAGGUGCAAACCAGGACCUUGCAGGAUUACCACGAGUCUUUGCGCAGUAACAGGCAUAGAAAAACUUUCGACAGGAUUCUAAAGUCCACAAUAGACAACAACAACGGCGAUAUCACUGCCGGGAGAGCAGACGUGAUAUCAGCCAUAACCAACAUCCAAAAUAAAGACGACGUGUUCGCCGUCUUGACGAGAUCCAACAAGUUGUUCCGCGAAAAAGGUAUUCGAGUGGUGGCCAAAGACGGCCAGAUCAACAUAAACGGCGUGCCAGUAGAGAUAGACAAUUUUAACGGCUUCACUAAAAAAGACAUGUCGUCCGCGCUCAACAACCUCAAAUCGUAUAAAUCUGUUUCAGUGGCCGCGGACAGCUUCAAUUUGAAGAAGUUGUUUGCCAACAUCAAAUUGCCGGGUCUCGACGAUCUAAUUUCGAUGACUUGCACGGUUCUGAAGGGCUACAACUCCGAUUUUAAAGCGUUCGUCAUAAAAGCUUUGGUGUCUUUGCUAUCGACGUUGCAACGUUCCAUCGUCGAGCAAUUGAUCGGCGUUUUCGGAAACUUGUACACGAACAAACUUGUGACGAUGGCGAUCGAUUUGUUUUUGAACGAAGCCAAAAACCUGCAAAAGCGACACGAACGUUGGAAGAAAUAUCACAACCCAGACGAUUACCACGAAAUUUUCGAUUAUUUACAAUUUGAUAGCUUAAAUAGUUCCAGAAUCAUAAACAUUAUGGAUUGCGUUUUGAGAUUCGACUUCGUUAACAACCAGAUGACGUAUGAUGGUGUGAAACGGUUGGUUGAUUAUUUCUAUAAAUGGUUCGCCAAGGAAUUAUACGACUACGAAAUCGACCAAGAACGUAUAUCCGAAAGAACCAGCCAUUCUUCUAGUAGACCCAAAGUAGAUUGUAAAGUAUGUGGAGGGUACUAUUACAACUAGUUAUGUUAACAAAAUUACAAGUGCACUUAAACACAACUUAGCAGGGCCAAAAUAUACAAAUGCUGACAAAUGCUUUACUAGCAUUACAAUUGUUAUGAAUUACAAACAAAUAUUAACAUAUCAAGGUGGUGAUUUUUACUUAUAGUGUAUUUAAUUAGAGGAAUUUUAAUUGCAUGUUUUUAUUGUUUAAAUAAAUUAUUUUACUACCAAAAUAUUU